GGUAGUCAGGCGGCCAUGACGAUGUGCUGGGUCGGUGUGUGUGUGUGAGGCUAAGAGGAGUUUGUGGCUAUCUUUUUCUCUCUCUGUGUGGUUUUCUUUCUGAUGGUUUUACAACAGCUGCCAAUUGAAGGAUAAAGGCAUUGAUGAAAGAAGAGAGAAGACAGUUUGUAAAAGAAUUUGUGUCCCCAUUGUGAUGUAGACUGGGAAUAUGACAGAAAACCAAGAUUCAGAGGGAGAGAUACAUCCUCUGAAAAAUGAUGAGGUCAGAAACCAAGACACGAAUGACAUUUCUAACAGGCACAAAGGAACCAAAAUCAAGAAAUUUACCAAGUUUGGACAGCUUUCCCAUUGGAGAACUGCUGCUUUCUUUGUAGCAUUAUUUUUAUGUCUGAUUGUGGUGUUUGCAUUUUCCUUCAUAAUUCCCUGUCCAGUGAGGCCUGUAUCACAGAGGGCCUGGAACAAAACAUUUGAAAAUGCAGUGAGUUACCCUUUUUUCACUCUGUGGGAUAUGAACAGAGACAAAGUUAGUGAUGUGAUAUUUGCGUUGAAGUACUCCAAUAACACUAUAGUUAAUGGAUCAUGUGCAGCUGAGGGCCUUACAUUUCCCUGUGCCUAUGUUACGGUGCUGUCAGGAACAAAUGGCAGUCUUCUAUGGCAGCGAGCUUUAGCAGAGGAUGUUCAGCAUGUGCAAUGUGGAAUUGAACAUCUCAGUGGUAUGGAGACUUCAGGAUGCCUCAUCAUUGGAACCCCUUAUCUCGUCACUGCAAUCAGUUCUUCAGGAAAUACGCUGUGGAUACUUAAUGCUAGUUUUGCAGUGAAUCUUUCUGUGAUUGGACCUGCAUUGAUACUUCCAGAUCUAGAUGGUGAUGGUGUUGGAGACCUUUUGAUCUUUUUUACACCUAAUCAGGUUAGCUCUGUCAGCAAGUUGAUUUUGCAACUGUUGUCUGGAAAGAGUGGAGAUCCCAUUGGUCAAGAGGUGUACCACAACGUUACUGAAAACUUUGAACCUUUAAGCCCAUUGAUUCAUAUUACCAACACCGGUGCCUACUACGUUCUCUUUAUUGAAGGAACCGUGCAAGGAGUGGCACUGAAAGAUAUUUAUUUGCAAGCAACUGGAAUGUUGCAGACAGCAAACAAACUAAAUGCAGAUGUUCUCAAAUCAGAUUCUGAGUGGGAGAAAAAGACUGAUCCAGUGUUGAAAAAAAUUCAAAUCCAUAAUUCCAGAACAGCUAAAUAUCUUCAGGUGGUCCAUGCACAAGGAGAGAAGGCUGGAAAACUGUUAAUCAGCACGGAGGACAGGGUUGAGCUUUUGGAUGGUCAAAACCUGCAGACAUAUUGGCUCCAUAAUAUAUCUCACCUUCAAGGAGCGCCAGUGUCUGGUUACUUCAACGCUGAUGAUGUUUUUGAUUUCCUAAUUGAAGACUUCAUUGAAAAGAACAGGAAGAAGAUUACUAUUGUGGAUGGUAAAACUGGCAAGAUUCUAUGGGAAGAGGAUUUAAUAUGCAGAAAAGACUGUCCCAAACCAUCCACUAUCAACACUGUAUCCCGAACAGCUUUCCUUUUCUGGGGUGAACUUCCAACACAUACCAAUGGCUCUGUGCCAGAAGAUUUAACUGAGAAUAGACAUUAUCUCUACAUGGCUCAUCCAUCACAUCCAUAUGUAAUGCUGGAGCUAAAAAACACCACUGAAAAUGUGCUUUCCUUUACUACGGCCUUAUUUGAAUCAAGUAGACAUGCUUGCAAUGUCCUGCUGUUAGGGCAGCCUGUAGGAAGCAAACAAGGACCAUUGACGAUCAUCAAACAAAAACUCAAAGAAAGCAUCUCUUUCAGCACGGUCAGACGCCUAAACAAGGGGCACGAUGUCUUCAGUGAUGCUGAAAUCAAGGAAUACUACUAUAGAAUAAGAUACAGGAACUAAUGGAGGGAACGGAAUUGAAAUUUAUGUGGGAAGAAUGGAAAGAUUGCUUUUGAGGUCACUGAAGAGUGAAUUGUUUCUGACUGCUUGAACUUUAUGGCAAUGAUUUCAUGUCAAUAAAUUUUAUUUUAUCUAAACUUAGAAUUUUAUUUGUCUUCAAACAGAAACCAAGGACAAGAGUGUUCAUAUAUUUCUUAAACUUCUCUUAAUGUAGUUGGAUACUGAGCUUUACACAACUUAUUAAAAAUUACAUUUUGAUAAACAGUAUUUAUCUUUACAAGAUUGAUAGAAAUUGCUAAAUUUAGGAAUUCUCAAGACUUCAGCUUUCUAUUUGCCUCACUAAAUAAAGCUUGCCAAAAAUCAAGUGAAUAACUGAAUUAAACCUUAUUGUGGAGCAGAGGAAUAUUAAUAUAUAAAAAUAGCAAACCAAUUUGAAAUUGUAAUAUAAUUAACAUUAAUGAACUGCCAAAAAUAAUUUCCUAUUGUAUUCUUUGUAGGGGAUUUUAUAUGUAAACACAGUAUCAAUUGUUUUCGCUGUGUAACUAUAUUAAAUUCUUGGUUUCAUGUUUGCUUCAAUGUAUAUAUGUGAAAAUAUCGGCCUGAUUCUAAAGUGAAAUAUUCCAUUUGUUGUCAGUACAUUUCACAAUCAAUUUAAUAGUUUAAUGAUGUGCUGACUCUUUAGGGUGCCUUGCAUUUAUAAGAUCAUGUGUUUAUUUGUAUAAGUAGUUUGUCCUUUUUCUUAUACUGUACAUUGUUUUUCCAACAUUUCCAAAGAAGCUUUGUUCAAAAGUUGAAUGCAGUAGGAAGUGCUUUGCAUGUGGUUGUCAUAUGACUUAUAACAAAUACUUCUGUUCCAUCGUGCAAUAAUCUGUUGUUUGCUGAUGUAACCAUGAAGAGAUUAAACUUGCUUUGUGUUGUGA